GCAGCGAGUUCUACUGAAAACAAAACAAAACAAAACAAAACAAAUCCAAAACCAAAGUAGAAGGAAAAUGAAACAGAAACUGAAGAAAAGGAAGAAGAGAGAAAGAGAAGAGAAGAGAAGAGAAGAGAAGAGAAGAGAAGAGAAGAGAAGAGAAGAGAAGAGAAGAGAAGAGAAGAGAAGAGAAGAGAAGAGAAGAGAAGAGAAGAGAAGAGAAGGAAACAUGAAAAACCUAACAGUUCCCUCUCACAGUGAGCAGAGACUUCCUGCAAGCAAUAAAGAAGGUGUACGCAAAAAAUCUACCUGCAGAAAAGAGUCGUUCCUUGAUAAAUGGCAAAACCAGCUGUGGCUGUAUGGUGGCCACCUUAUCCAGAGGGGAACAAGAAUUGAAGAGGGCUCCAUUCCCCAUCUUACAAAGUGGGGAGGAACCUCCUGCACCACUCCAUGCUCACUGCUCUCACAGGCAAACAUCAUUUGUGAGAUUCUCCCCUAUGUCACUGGUCAAAGAUGA